AGAGAAGAAGAAGAGGAAGGAUGCUAAAAGACACAGAGUUAUGUCUCAUCGUUAUGCAGUAAAACCAAGGCACAGACAGAACACGUCCAGCGCAGGAGGAGAGACCUGACGCAAAGAACCCUGGAGCGGCUGAAUCGGGACGAUGGAUGCGAACAUGCGGAAAUUCACCGUCCGGAGGUGGUUCUCGGUUUACCUGCGCAGGAAGUCGCGCUCUAAGAGCUCCAGCUUGUGUAAACUCGAGGAUGACAGCAUCCUCAAAGAGAUUGAUAUAAGCAGCCAUGUGAAAGAAGGCUUCGAGAAAGCUGACCCAUCACAGUUCGAGCUUCUUAAAGUGUUGGGACAGGGCUCUUAUGGCAAGGUAUUUCUGGUGAGAAAAAUUAAAGGCUCCGACACCGGACAACUCUAUGCCAUGAAGGUGUUAAAAAAGGCCACCCUGAAAGUGCGUGACCGGGUGCGAUCCAAAAUGGAGAGGGACAUACUUGCCGAAGUGAAUCAUCCCUUCAUAGUGAAACUUCACUAUGCCUUUCAGACUGAGGGAAAACUCUAUCUCAUCCUGGACUUCCUAAGAGGAGGCGAUCUCUUCACCCGUCUCUCCAAAGAGGUCAUGUUUACUGAGGAAGAUGUGAAGUUCUAUCUGGCUGAGCUGGCUUUAGCUCUGGACCAUCUUCACAGCCUCGGAAUUAUCUACCGUGACCUCAAGCCAGAAAACAUACUUCUUGAUGAGGAGGGGCAUAUAAAGAUCACUGAUUUUGGCUUGAGUAAAGAAGCGAUAGAUCAUGACAAGAGAGCGUACUCGUUCUGCGGGACCAUCGAGUACAUGGCACCAGAGGUAGUUAAUAGGAGAGGACACACACAAAGCGCUGACUGGUGGUCGUUUGGCGUGCUGAUGUUUGAAAUGCUGACUGGAUCUCUGCCAUUUCAAGGCAAAGACCGCAAGGAGACCAUGGCACUUAUUCUCAAGGCAAAGCUUGGCAUGCCGCAAUUCUUAAGCCCAGAGGUGCAAAGUUUACUUCGAGCACUUUUCAAAAGGAAUCCAAGCAACAGAUUAGGAGCUGGACCUGAUGGAGUGGAAGAAAUCAAAAGGCACCACUUCUUCGCAAACAUAGACUGGAAUAAAUUAUACAGGAAGGAGCUCAAACCUCCAUUCAAACCAGCGGUUGGCAGACCAGAGGACACUUUCCAUUUCGACCCUGAAUUCACUUCCCGCACACCAACAGACUCACCCGGUGUUCCUCCCAGUGCUAAUGCCCAUCAGCUUUUCCGUGGUUUUAGCUUUGUGGCCACCAAUCUAGGACAGGAGCAGUGUAUCGCAGAGACCAGACCGAGCUCCAUUAAUCCUAUUGUACAGCAACUUCAUAGCAACAACAUCCUUUUCACUGACGGCUAUGAAAUAAAAGAAGACAUUGGCGUCGGCUCGUAUUCAAUAUGCAAACGCUGUGUACACAGAAUCACCAGUGUGGAAUAUGCCGUUAAAAUCAUAGACAGAGCUAAGAAGGACCCAUCUGAGGAGAUCGAGAUCCUGUUGCGAUAUGGACAACACCCCAACAUCAUCACUCUGAAAGAUGUCUACGAUGAUGGGAAGUUUGUAUAUCUGGUUAUGGAGCUGAUGCGUGGAGGUGAGCUGCUCGACCGCAUCCUGCACCACAAGGGCUUCUCCGAGAGAGAGGCCUCUGCUGUGCUCUGCACCAUAACCAAGACUGUGGAGUAUCUACACUCACAGGGGGUUGUACAUCGAGACCUAAAGCCGAGCAAUAUCCUGUACAUGGAUGAAACAGGUGACCCGGACUCGAUAAGGAUCUGCGACUUCGGCUUCGCAAAACAACUCCGGGCUGAAAAUGGCCUCCUCAUGACCCCUUGCUACACUGCUAACUUUGUGGCUCCAGAGGUUCUGAAGAAGCAGGGAUACGAUGCUGCUUGUGACAUCUGGAGUCUGGGAAUCUUACUGUACACCAUGCUCGCAGGACUCACGCCCUUCGCCAGUGGACCUGAUGAUACCCCAGAGGAAAUCUUGGCUCGAAUCGGCAGUGGCAAAUACACCCUCUCUGGGGGCAACUGGGACAUGGUGUCUGAUGCAGCUAAGGACAUCGUGACUAAAAUGUUGCAUGUGGACCCGCAUCAGCGGCUCACCGCCCCUCUCGUCCUCCGUCACCCCUGGAUAGUAAACCAAGAGCAGUUAUCUCUAAGUCAGCUCACUCGACAAGAUGUACACCUGGUCAAGGGAGCAAUGGCCGCUACAUAUUCAGCUCUUAACCGAACGCCACAGGCACCAAAGCUCGAGCCUGUCCUUGCUUCCUGUCUGGCUCAGAGAAGAGGAAUGAAGAGAGUGACGUCCAUUUGCUUGUAG